CUAGUCAGUACUCAGUAGUAGUAGUAGUCACUCCAUUCCCCCCACCCGGCUAGUAGCCCUGCUCUGCUCUCUGCCUCGGCUAUAUAUAUACGCCGCGGGCGCACCGGUCCAGCAAGCAACAAUAAAGGGCGGUGUCGAAGAGGAGCUUGGAGCUUGGACCGACCCGAGCCCCAUCGAGCGAGAGAGGAAAUAAUGGGUGAAGAGGCCAGCUGCAACGCUGCCAGCGCGAUGGAGGCCGCCACCAACGCCAGGCCGGCCAAGGAGAACGGACGCGCGCCGGCUGUGGCGGAGGUAGUGGCCCAGGAGGCGGCCGCUGACCCCCGGCUGCAGGGCAUCUCCGACGCCAUCCGCGUCGUGCCGCACUUCCCCAAGCACGGCAUCAUGUUCAACGACAUCACCACGCUGCUGCUGCGCCCCAGGGUGUUCAAGGACGCCGUCGACCUGUUCGUCGAGCGCUACCGCGGGAUGCGCAUCGACGCCGUCGCCGGGAUUGAGGCCAGGGGCUUCAUAUUUGGCCCGGCAGUCGCAUUGGCUAUUGGCGCCAAGUUCAUACCUUUGCGCAAGCCUAGGAAGCUCCCCGGCGAGGUGAUCUCCGAGAAAUACGUUCUCGAGUACGGGACCGAUUGCUUAGAGAUGCAUGUCGGAGCCAUCGAACGACCUGGUGAGCGCGUGCUGAUCACCGACGACUUGGUCGCGACGGGAGGGACGCUCUGUGCUGCAAUCAGGCUUCUUGAACGUGCUGAAGCUGAUGUGGUCGAGUGCGCAUGCCUCAUUGGCCUCCCAAAAUUCAAGGAUUUCUACAAGUUGAAUGGAAAGCCCGUCUACGUGCUGGUUGAGUCCCGGGAAUCAGAUAAAUAAGAACUUAUGGGUCAGAGGAAAGCUGGCGGUUCAUUCCUUGCUGUUGUGAUUGAGCAGUGGAGGGACAUCGACAAGCCAACCAUGGGGGUGCUUUAGCGUUACUAAGGCUAGCUACUAAGAUCGACUUGGUGAGAGGAGAGGUUAGAAGUGCUGGGGGGGGGGGGGGGGGGGGGGGGGGGGGGGGGGGGGGGGGGGGGGUGGGGGCGUUAGUCUUGUAGGCUGAGUAGAUUUUCAGAGUACUGAAGAGCUUGUAGUUCUGCCAGGAACAUGCUUAUUAGUUGAAGCAAGUGUGUUGAUGGUCCAUUGCUUGUUGGAUUUUGUGGUUUUGAUUUGAAGGGCGCAAAAACAUGGCUGGAUCAGCUUGACGGAAGAACUUGGACAUCAAUACGCUUAGCAUCAAGUACUAGCGAAGUAGGAACUUGCUA